AGUGACUAAAGUUACCGUGUUGUGUGUCAGCAGACUGGUUGAGAGGAGCAGGACUUCGGACAGAGCAGGAGAGUGUGAACCGGCAACUUGUCAAUGAGUUUACAGACUGUGUGUGUGCGCGCGUGUGUGUGUUGACAUGUCUGUACCCUCAGCAGUCCCACUGUCUGCUCUGUAGCUCUCCUCCUCAGCAGACAGCGAUCGAUGGCUUUCCACCAACUUUGCUCGUUUGAAACGUUCCUGCAGGUCUGCGGCCACUACGGUUAUGGUGGGAGGCUGGAGGAGGUGGUCGAGCAGGAGUUCGCUCGGAUCAAAGGAACCACCUACUUGGAUCAUGCAGGAGCCACUCUGUACCCCGAGUCACUGCUCAGGAACUAUGGCCUGGACUUGUCAAGGAAUGUCUACGGGAACCCUCACAGCCAGAACCCCAGUAGCAGAUUGACACAUGACACCAUAGAGAGGGUCAGAUACAGGAUAUUGCAGCAUUUCAAUGCCACCCCCGAGGAGUACUCUGUGAUUUUCACUUCUGGUUGUACAGCCGCACUCAAAUUAGUGGCAGAGAGCUUUCCCUGGAGGCCGCAGACUGUGAGCGAAGCGGGGAGUCACUUCUGCUUCCUCACUGACAGCCAUACCUCUGUAGUUGGCAUAAGAGGGUUGACUUCUGGCCGGGGGGUGGUUACCCUGCCUAUCUCCCCACAGGACGUGGAAAACAGGGCAAAGGAUGAGCCUCGGGGUGAAGAUGAUAUUUGCCAGACACCGCACCUUUUCUGCUACCCAGCACAGAGCAACUUCUCUGGGAGAAAGUAUCCCCUUAGCCAUGUGAAAGGCAUCCAAGCAAGACGCCUCUACCCAGCGUGCGACCACCGAGGCCGCUGGUUUGUGCUCCUCGAUGCCGCCUCUCAUGUCAGCUGUUCCCCUCUAAACCUACAGGAGUGCCCCGCUGACUUCAUUCCCAUCUCCUUCUACAAGAUGUUUGGCUUCCCCACAGGGCUCGGGGCCCUUCUUGUCCGUAACGACGCAGCAGGCAUACUAACAAAGUCAUAUUUUGGAGGAGGCACAGCAGCAGCUUACCUUUCUGGAGAAGAUUAUUAUGUGCAUUCAGCAAACAUUUCCGACAGAUUUGAAGAUGGAACUGUCUCUUUCUUGGGCAUUGUUGCCCUGAAUCACAGCUUUGAAGCUCUUUAUAAGAUCACAGGGGGCAUGCAUAACAUCCAACAGCACACGUUUGGUUUGGCACGCUACACUUACAUGCUGCUGUCAAGUCUUUGCCAUGGCAACGGGCAACCGGUAGCUUGGAUUUACACCGAAGGCCAGUUUGAAUGUCCAAGCACACAGGGUGCAAUUUUAAACUUUAACCUAAUGGAUUCUCAUGGAUUGAUAAUUGGGUAUUCUGAGGUGGACAGAAUGGCCAGUCUGUACAACAUUCACGUGCGCACAGGCUGCUUCUGCAACACAGGGGCCUGUCAGUCCUUCCUCGGGAUCACCGAUGAGCAGUUGAGGAGAAACCUGCAGGCCGGCCACGUCUGUGGAGACGGUAUCGACCUGGUGGACGGCCAGCCUACCGGAUCGGUUCGCGUGUCCUUUGGUUACAUAUCAACAUUUGAAGACUGCCAAAAGUUCCUUAACUUUGUUGCUGAGUGCUUUGUGGAGAAACCAGUCACAGUGGACCAAAAGAAACUAGAAAAGCUAAAAACAACCACAGCGACAUCCCCGGGCUCAAAUGAAGAUCUGCCGACCAAAAUUUCUAAUGGAGAAAUAUAUAAAGGAGAUGAGAAGGAGCCCACAGAACCAUCACUGAAGGGAUUUGGACAGAGACACUCAGAAAGCCACGGGGAGGCUUAUACUCUCACCAGCAUCUACAUAUAUCCCAUCAAAUCAUGUGGAGCACAUGAGGUGCACGAGUGGCCGGUGGGACCACAGGGUUUACUCUAUGACAGAGGCUGGAUGGUUGUGAACACAAACGGCGUGUGCCUGAGUCAGAAGAGAGAAACACGUUUAUGCCUAAUUCACCCACAAGUCCACAUGCCUUCAAACAAAUUGCUCCUGCAGGCAUCAGGAAUGAACACCAUUUCUGUUCCUUUGGAAAACAACGCUCAAAAGCAGACAAGCUAUCAGCUGUGCCAGAGCAACGUUUGUGGUGACAGGGUGGAGACUGUCGACUGUGGGGAUGAGGCUGCUUCGUGGCUUUCAGACUUUCUUGGACAGCCGUGCCGCCUGAUAAGACAAAGUCCUUAUUUCACCCGAGACAUGAAGAAGAGGCCGAGCGGAGCUGCCACCUCCACAUCCCUGUCCCUGGUGAAUGAAGCUCAGUAUCUCAUGAUCAACCGUGCCAGUGUGGAGCUCAUUGAGAAACAGAUGAGCCGCAGUCAAGACUAUUCUGAGGGCGAUCAGCUCCUUGACACACAGAAUGUCAUUAGCCGCUUCCGAGCCAAUUUAGUCAUCACUGGAGUCGAACCAUUUGAGGAAGAUAAUUGGUCACACUUGAUUAUUGGCAACACUCGAUUCGUGGUCGCAGGUCAGUGCGGAAGGUGCCAUAUGGUGGGAGUAGACCAGGAAACAGGGACCAAAACAAAAGAGCCGCUUAUGUCUCUGUCCGCUUACCGCAGAGGGAAGGUGACUUUUGGUGUGUACCUGACCCAUCAGCUACCAAAGGGUUCCCUCUCUGUUGGCUGCCGCAUACACCCUGAGCCACUCACUUCGUGAAGAGGUCAUCUGCAUCAACAGCCUCUUUAAUUUAUUUUGGUGACAUCUUUGGUCCUCACCACUCACGCCCUAGAUCACAUGUCAUACACUGUGAGGACCUUCUGUAGAUGGCGCUCUCUCAGUGGCAUUUGUUCUCUGAAGUGUCCUUGUCACACUCAAAUUUGAUUCCAUCCAAGUCUGAUUUGAUGGAGAAUGUAAUGAGAUUUUUGUAUUUUUUUCCUCCCAUGAUUAUGUUCUUUAAAGCAUGUGUUGUAAAGUAGAUUUGAAGUACUCAUUGCAUGACAAAAUUACAAUUUGUAUAUGUUGCUGUUAUUUUUUGGCAAAAACAAGUCAGGCUUGAUGCUUUAAUCACAGUUCAUGUUAACCUCCCAGACAGCUCUUCCACUGUGUUCACCCUAGGAGGUUUAUAUUGCUAUUUAUUCCAAACACAACACCACUCUAACUGCUGCCAGAAUUCAGAAACAUGUUGCUCGCUUUAAUGAAAAAAACUACCAGAAAUCCAGUGCUCGGUACAUACUCCCAAGUGGUGCUGAAUUGGACAUAAUAUUUUAUGCCAGGACGUGUAAUAAUUUGAAAAGAGCAGUAAGGUUAGGUUUCAUGGCCAGCAGAAAUGUUAUUCUCAGAGUGAUGUGCUCGAAUAUAAAGUAUAUAUGUGCUGUACUGAUCUGUCAGUGUCUGGUAGUAAAACUGGUCCUAUGUGGCUCACCUAUGGUGGAGUUAUAGAAAGAGGUGGCUGCUGGGUAUCCCAAGGUUUUGUAAUGCUGAUAGCAAGUUUGCCAGUGUGUGUGUGUGUGUGUGUGUGUGUGUGUGUGUGUGUGUGUGUGUGUGUGUGUGUGUGUGUGUGUGUGUGUGUGUGUGUGUGUUUUCAAUUGUAUUUGUACAGCGCCAAAUCAUAAUAUACAUUAUCUCAAGGCACUUUACAUAAAAGGUCAAGACCUUCAAAUUUAGGUUAAUUUAUUAAUUAAUUAAUGUUUGAGUGUUUAAGUGUGUGGUGGUCCAAUUAUUACAUAUGUUUUGGGGACCUAAAUCUGUUUAAAUCUGCAAAAAUGGGAAUCAUUUAUUUUCACUAUAAUUUCAUCCAAGUGACACACUGAGAGAAUGUAUGACUAUUUUGGUCCUGAAUUUCAUUAUCUUCCUGAAAUAAACCAUCUAAAACCAAAUAUCUUGUCAAAUGGGGGUCAAAGGUCUACUUCGUGUCAGUAAAGCGGUCAGAGCCACAUUAUGGGGACUUGUCUUCCUUAUGGGGACAGUAUUUAAGUCCCCAUAUUGUAAAUCAUUCAUUUUAUAGGGUGAAGACAGGUUAGAUUAAGGUUAGCGUGAGGCUAGGGGAUAGGCCUAGUAACUAAGGUUAAGGUAAGUUAAGGUUAGUCUCCAAGAAAUCUAUGUAAGUCAAUGUAAUGUUCUCUAAAGUCAUGAUUGUGUUUGUGUGUGUGUUUAUGUGUGUGUGACAAUAUUUAAAGCCCUUACAAACAAAAGCUGAAUUAAAUAUAGAGGGAUGACAAAUUUUGGAAUUGCCCAUGUAAAGUGUCUUAUUUAAUAUUUUGAUGAUGUGCGACGGGCACCGUCUAAUAAAAGUCACUCCAGAAUAUUUCAGUUUGGUUGAGAUCUGGUGACUUCAUAGGCCAUCGGAAAUGAUUCACAUAAUUUCAACACUCGUCACCUCCUUCAGUGACUCAUUCACUCUGGUUCUCCCUUCAGUAUAUUCACUCAUCUCUACCUCCUACUGGUGCACAGUCUGUACAGCAGUGUGUGCACCCUGGCAGUGACUCUUACUGAGAAGCUGCUAAUUGAUUUUAAUCAGCCGUGUUUUGUUUAUUAAAAACAGACAAUUAUGUGUGAAAUAAUUUAAUUAAAAAUAAAAUUUUGAAUAAAUAAAAGCAUAUUUUAAAUAGUUGUAUAAGUAUGGCAUGUACUGCAUAUGUCCAUAUAUAAUGUCACAGUUUAAUUUGUAAAAUAAAGAAUGUUUUUUAAUCGCA